AUGUGGAGAGGCAUCAGAAACAUCACGGACUACAAGCACAGCGACCAGCCGCUGACCAAUGACCUGGCUCUUCCAGACACCUUAAACAAACUCUUCGUUUUGUCUCUAAAAGCUGCAGGGAGCCUGAACAUCUUCCUCAGGGUUCAGAGUCCAGGCAGCUGGGAAGUGAUUUACACUCAGACCCAGAUCUGUGCUGUGAAAGGAUCCACUGUGGACAUCAGCUGCAACUACACAUAUCCAACCAGAACAUAUUCUAAACAGACUGAAGUUCUACAAACCCUGUGGUCCAGUGAAGGUGGUGUAGGUUCUCCUGUGGACCUGAUGUCAGACCCAGACUACAAAGGUCGUGUUCAGUACCUCUGUGACCCGCCUGUCUGCACUCUGAGAAUCACAGACCUGAGAGAGAGCGACUCGGCUCAGUACAAGUUCACCUUGAGAACCAACCAUGGAGGAAGUCAUACUGGUUCACCUGGAGUCACUCUGUCUGUUACAGCUCUCCAGGUGCAGGUUAUCAGCUCAGAGUACACAGAAAGUUACCGCAGAGCAGAGCUGAGAUGUGAAAGCAGCUGUCAGGCUGGUCAUCAGUCCUACAUCUGGAUCAAGAAUGCAUGGGAAAUUAUCAGAGAAACAUCUUCUUCUCUUUCAGUCUCAGUUUUACCUGAAGACAGAUAUUCCUGUGCUCUCAAAGGAUUCGAGGAGUUUCCCUCUAUAGCAGUCUAUGCUCCUUGGCUUCUCUUUGUGUCAGUGAGUCCCUCUGGUGAGAUAGUGGAGGGCAGCUCAGUGACUCUGACCUGCAGCAGUGAUGCUAACCCAGCGGCUAACUACACCUGGUACAAGGACAACAUUACCGAUUCUCUGAGUAACAACUCACAGCUGGUCUUCAGCUACAUCCAGUCCUCUGACUCUGGACGGUUUAGCUGUAUGGCUAAAAACCAGCUGGGCUGGACGUGGUCUCAAUACCAACAUCUUGAUGUAAAAUAUGCUCCUCAGCGUCCCUCUGUGUCACUGAGUCCCUCUGGUGAGAUAGUGGAGGGCAGUUCAGUGACUCUGACCUGCAGCAGUGAUGCUAACCCACCAGCUAACUACUCCUGGUACAAGGAGGAUGAAGAGUUUCCAACGGCUUCAGGACAGAACUUCACCAUCACUGACGUCAGACCUGAACACAGUGGAAAUUAUUCCUGUGAAGCUCAGAACAACAGAGGAAGCCAGAGCUCCACGGUUCUUCUGACUGUGGUCAGACUCAAAGAUGCUCCUCAGCGUCCCUCUGUGUCACUGAGUCCCUCUGGUGAGAUAGUGGAGGGCAGUUCAGUGACUCUGACCUGCAGCAGUGAUGCUAAUCCAGCAGCUAACUACUCCUGGUACAAGGAGGAUGAGGAGUUUCCAACGGCUUCAGGACAGAACUUUACCAUCACUGACGUCAGACCUGAACACAGUGGAAAUUAUUCCUGUGAAGCUCAGAACAACAGAGGAAGUCAGAGCUCCACGGUUCUUCUGACUGUGGUCAGACUCAAAGGACCAAGAAGAUCUGCAGCUGCUGCAGGAACCGCUGCUGUUCUCCUGCCACUCAUCUUCCUCUGUGUCUGUCUGUGGAUCCGCAGAAAAAAGAGGCGCUCCAAGGAAACGGUUGGACGUGAACUCAGAGAAGCAAACAUGGAGCAGGAGGAUCCAGAGGAGGACCAGGACCUUCUGUAUGCCAGUCUGCAGUUCAUCAACUUCCAG